UCCUUUGCUGCAAAUUUUUCCUUCCAACUUCCGCCUCAAUUGCGAGCCGAAAUGGCCCCGACUAAGAAAGGAGAGAAGAAAAAGGGGCGCUCAGCCAUCAACGAGGUGGUGACCAGAGAGUACACCAUCAACGUUCACAAGCGAAUCCAUGGAGUGGGAUUCAAGAGACGAGCCCCACGUGCCAUCAAAGAGAUCCGCAAGUUCGCCAUGAAAGAGAUGGGAACCCCUGACGUACGCAUUGACACACGCCUCAACAAGGCAGUUUGGAGCAAGGGUGUAAGGAACGUACCAUACAGGAUACGUGUACGAUUGUCCAGGAAGCGCAAUGAGGACGAGGACUCUCCUAACAAACUCUACACCCUGGUCACAUAUGUCCCUGUCACGACAUGCAAAGGACUCCAGACAGUCAAUGUGGAUGAAAACUAAGUGUCUCCUUUGCAAGUAAAAUAAAUGGAUAAAAGGAA